GACAUGCAAUUAUCUACACGGGCUCCGCAAACCCUUGGUGGAGACGGGUGAUUGCCGGCCAGCACUGAGUGGGAUGGUUCAGUGCUUAACAUUCCUGCUGGAGCAAGUUUUAAAGCCUACAAAUAGUUGCUGUGCAGCAGCUGCCAAGACAUGGAAGGCUUACCCGGCGUGCCUGUGCAAGAUCACAUUCUACCCUCCAGGGCACCUCACCAAGAACACUGCUGAGACAGGCAUCAAGUUUUCUCUCUUGUGUAAUCUGACAUCUGAACUCUGCGACCAGUGCCCAACUCUGCUAGGAAUGCUAACAGGUUCAACAGAAAAAAAGACAGGGUUCACCAUGCCAAUUGUGGCUGUCAUCUUGGCUUGCUCGAUCGUCUCUGUUGUUUCAGCACUGUCGUUGCUUACGUGGAGGAGAAGUUCACGAUCCCGCUCACUACCGCUGAUUGCAGAUCGUGAUGAGAUUAUGCGAAUCGAAAGACGACCAACGCUAUUUGCUUACAAAGAACUUAAGGGGGCCACUAAGAACUUCCAUAUCAACAGCAAGCUUGGCGAAGGCGGAUUUGGCGUGGUCUACAAGGGCGUCUUGCAAGACGGAUCAGAGGUAGCCGUGAAGCAGCUGUCCACAAAAUCGAGGCAAGGUAACAAGGAGUUUCUGAACGAGGUCACGCUCAUCAAUAGAGUGCAGCAUCGGAACCUCGUCAAGCUUCGUGGCUGUUGUCUCAAGGAUCACGAACGGCUGCUUGUGUACGAAUAUCUGGAGAACAAGAGCUUACACCAAGCCUUAUUCGACCCUGAGAAACGACUACAUUUGAAUUGGUCGACAAGGGUGAAGAUCCUGUUGGGCACUGCACGUGGCUUGGCUUACUUGCAUGAGGGCUGCCAAACCCGCAUUGUCCACCGUGACAUCAAAAGCAGCAACAUCCUUCUGGACAAGGACCUCAACCCGAAGAUUGCUGACUUUGGAUUAGCCCGCUGGUUCCGUGAAGACCAGAGCCAUGUCAGCACAUGCGUUGCUGGAACUGUCGGUUAUCUAGCACCUGAGUAUGCAAUGCGAGGGCAGUUGACGGAAAAGGCUGAUGUUUUUAGCUUCGGGAUCGUGGCGUUGGAGGUCGUAAGCGGCCGGAGUAAUUUUAAAUCUCGUUUGCGCCCAGAGGAAGCUUACCUUCUGGACUGGGUAGGUUUGACCACACUACGUGAAUGGAGUCCCGUUACCUGCCGUUAUGGAACGUUGCGGCAUUGCUUCACACAUGCUUCCCACAAUCCCCACGUGGACGUUGCACGAAGAAGGGAACAUUUUGGCUGUCCUAGACCCCUCAUUGAUGGAGACGCAGCCACUUCCGGAGGAGGAAGUGAUAAGAGUCAUCGAAAUUGCUUUGCUGUGCACACAAUCCGUGGCAUCCAUGAAGCCAUCCAUGUCGCGCGUUGUUUCCAUGUUCACUGGCGAAUCUGAGGUGACGACGAGCAACGUCAUGAAACCCAAGUGUACACAUGUUUUACUCUAGCCCGUCGUCUCCCAGUAGACCAGACUUAUUAUCAUUUGGCCACUCUCAUUCAUUUUACCCUUCUAAAAUACCUAGCUCAUUACAAGUCGCUAGCAAUAUCAGUGUAGUAGAUCCUAGAUGAUAAGUAUGUGCGCCCCACGGCCAAUUCCGUAUAGUCCUCGAUCGUGAGCAUUCCUUUCUCCACCUUUGGUCCUAAUAUAUCUUAAAUUGUCAGCUGGACAACAAUGAUUAAAA